UCACUCUCUUUUUAAGUUACUACCAUUACCCUAAAUCCCUUUCAAACCAAACAGAUUUCAAGAAACACACAAAGAAAAAGAUGCCUCUACGCCACAAUGUAAUAGGUUGCAUAAACUUCAUCGCCGUGCUCCUCUCAAUUCCGGUCAUCGGCUCCGGAAUCUGGCUCUCUAUGGGAGCAGUGAACUCAUGUGUCAAGCUCCUUCAGUGGCCAAUAAUAAUCCUCGGAAUCUUGAUCCUCCUAGUGGGUCUUGCUGGUCUCAUUGGAGGGUUCUGGAGAAUCGCUUGGCUUCUCGUCGUUUACAUAAUUGCAAUGUUUGCUCUCAUUGUACUUUUAGGUGUUCUUAUCGGAUUUAUUUACAUGGUUACCAUGAAAGGCUCUGGUCAUCCAGAACCAAGUAGAGCUUAUCUUGAGUAUAGUCUUCAAGACUUCUCUAGUUUCUUACGUCAAAGAGUUCAGAAAUCUUACAAAUGGGAUCGUAUUCGUACUUGUUUGAGUGCUACUAGCAUAUGCCCUGAACUAAACCAGACAUUCCCUACCGCUCUGGAUUUCUUCAAUGCUCAUCUUAGUCCCAUUCAAUCUGGUUGCUGCAAGCCCCCAACACAAUGUGGCUUCCAGUUCAUGAGCCCUACUAACUGGAUAGGUGCAAUAAAUGUGUCUGCAGACAUGGACUGUCUACAAUGGAGCAAUGUACCAGACACUUUAUGCUACAGUUGUGAUUCUUGCAAAGCCGGUUUGCUCGCAAACCUCAAGGUAGAUUGGUUAAAAGCAGAUAUCUGUCUCCUUUUGGCGUUUAUCGGUUUACUAAUCACUUAUCUAAUCGGCUGCUGCUCUUUCGGAAGCAGUAAAACUGAGAAUAUUUUAGAAUGA